AUGUCAAAUAAAACAAACAAAAACACCAAAAAUUCCUCUCCUACUGCCUUAGACCAAGUAGCAAAAUUCUUAGGUAUUUCCUCACCAACAUCAGAAAAUACCAAAACGCCAAACCCUGAUAACGUAUCCAGUAACCAUUCCGACACACUUUCCGAACUCAAACAAG